AUGUCCCUCGAAUACCUGAUCGUUAAACCUGCUAACGAGGCCCAGUCUCAAGAAGCAAUGCACCGUGAUGCUGCUUACUGGAGUGCAUUUGGACAAGAAGGGAGGCUCAAGAUUUGGGUACUUGUUCCUAAAGAUGACCCCGAGACUACGAACUUUUAUGCAUCAUGUCAAAUCCUCACUCGAAAGCUCCAGCUUUGGCCAUGGUAUCACCUCGGUGCUCGUUCCCCAGAACAUCGCCGAAAGGGAUAUGCCAAAUAUUUUAUGUCGCUCUUACACUCUGCUCUCGCACCACACCAAUAUCCCGACCCUCUGAGGGCUCCUGAGACUACCGAACAACUCAGCACGGUCAGCAUCUUGUAUAGCGUUGUUGGAGACUAUUAUUCUCGGUGCAUUCCGGCAGUAGGUGAAUCAGGGUGGGCUCUACAGAAGUCGUUCGCUACUACUUGGCCGCUAUCUAGGGCUCAAGUGUUUACAGGACCUACCCUACCUGUUGAGCUCAUACCUGAGGCCGACAUUUCCUCGACACUUGAUUCUGACGACUUGAAUAUUCAUACGGAUCUACUGAGGCUUCAAAAGAAAGAUCCUACAAAGACCUACUUUGCGUUCGUGCCUACUGCCCCCUUAAACAGUUACUCUGUUAUGUUCGGAAAACUCUUAAUGGAUCGUCGUGGUCCAUCAAACUUAUCGUGGGGAGCUAGAAUUCCUGGUACGGAUAACUUCAUGACUUGGGUGUUCUAUGGCCUAGAACAGGUUCAGCUUAUUGUUACGCGUCUUCGAGCAACUCCCGACUCGUUCCCUACUUUACUCGCAGCAGCAGUUCGGACCGCUAAGGAUACGGGAUGCGAGAGCAUCGAAAUAUGGAACGUUCCGGAGGACCUGAAGAUGAUUGUUCGGAAGACUGGCGGAAAAACGAGUGAACGAACGGAUGACCUGGCAGGAUUCAAAUGGUACGGAGAGCACCCACACUCAGGGGUAGAUAAUAGAGACGUUGUUUGGGCGCUAGAAGAAGGGUAA